AAACAAUCGUUAUGUGUUCAGAGUGGUCGAAAACGUUAAGGAAACGGUAUACAUUUUAAAUAUGACUUUAAACCACCUACUAUACACGACAUACAAAACCCCACUGUACGCUGCAGAGUAAGAAGAAGAUGAUACUUUAGAUAGAGAUCAAAAUAUCGUCUGAACGCUUGGGCGUCAAUCGCAUCAAAAAUGGCUGUUUCGCAAUUGGUGGAGAAGCUAAAGUUUGGCGACAGGUACGUUUUGGUGAAUAUCGUCGUGAAGCCGGUGGAAGAUCCACCGUAUAGGGGCUCCCGGGUGGGGUUUGGAUUUGCGGAACGAAACAAGUUUAUCUCGAGCGAAAUAUGGCAAUCGUUCGUCUACCCGAAGCUUCGUGAAAUAUUUGACCAAAAUUUGGCUUUGAUUGGUGAAAAUAUUGAUCCGGCGUACGACAAGAAUAAGGAUUAUUACUUUAAAUGUGCCGAGCGUCCCUACCUGGAAAUGAGGGUUAACUUCCGGGACUGUUUCUAUCGCAACAAAUUGAACAUUUUGUUUCAAGAGGAUUUCAAUAAUUUACAUCACUGCUGCUUUUAUGUUGAAAUAAGAGAUCGUGGGCGUAAUUUUGCAGAGAAGAUUGAGCGUUGCGACACAUUUAUUCAGCUACUGAUGGAUGAGAACAAAAGAAUGAAAGCGCAGAUCGCGGCUCAUAAAGCGGCUCCGAAAGACGCUACCGGAGUAGAAGGAAACGAUCCGAAACCAGUAAAACAGCGUCCUCGCCGCACAGUUGAAGAGCACGCGCCCGAGGCUCCGUCCGUCCACCCAACCCUUAUCAAAAGAACCCACAAAUCGUCAGCCGAUAUAGCCGAUAGCUCCCAACCCGGUCCUUCAUCCGCACCCGAUUCUAACAUUUCCGAGCAGGCUGCACACCUUCAGAAAAUGGCAGACAAACGAAAGCAGGAAAACUUGGCAGGGCCGAGCAAAACGAAAAUCCACAAGGCUAAGAAAACCACAAACAACGAUCAAGCUGAAAAGGAACAAGAAAAACCUAAAGUGCUUGAUUGCACCGACAUGCCUGAAUCGGAAAUCUUAGCCACAUUUGCCGGUUACAGGCAGGAGCUGCACGAAAUAUUUCUGAAGCACAAGGAUCAGCUAGAAGAGCAGUGGAUGGUGAAUAAGGAGCUGGUCUACUAUACAGACGUUGCUCACUUGUUUAAUGAGGAUCAGAAGAUGGCCAUGAUGCAAGUACUGGAAAAUGAGUUUGUGCCAAUUGAACUGAAUGGAAAGUAUACUGAAUUUUUUACCUCCACCCUGCUGAUGGAAUGGAUUAUACGUAUUUUCAUGAAGCGGUACAAAUUUACAACUCGCCAAGAUGCCUUAAAACUUAUCAAGAAGCAAGAAAAUGAGGUCCUUGAAUACAUUGCCAGAGAUUGGUAAUAAGCCACAAUUCGUGAUCUGAUCAUGGUUCCUUAACAUUUACAUUUAUUUAAUAAAUUUCUCAUUGCCAUUUUUUAUUGUAUAUAAUAAGUACGGCAGUGCGGCCGUUUUGCUUGCUUGCUUGCUACAUUACCCUGUACGCUUAUCUGCUUCCAACAAUGCUUAUUGCUUUAAAAAAAAUCAAAAUAUGAAUAAAAAUUCAAUAGCGUGU